CCUGCCGGCGGAGAUAUCGUGACCUGUCCUUCAGCUCGAGACUUUGGGCAGGUCCCGCCGUGGCUGACCCGAGUGCUAGUGGAGGCGGCAGCAGAAGCGGUGCCAGCCGCAGUGGCGGGUGUCGCGGGGGAAGCGUUAUGUCGGAACCGCAGCCGCCGGGCGCUGGACGCGACCUCUACCGGGACACGUGGGUGCGAUACUUGGGCUACACCAAUGAGGUGGGGGAGGCUUUCCGCUCCCUGGUACCAGCGGCUGUGGUGUGGCUGAGCUAUGGUGUGGCCAGCUCCUACGUGCUGGCCGAUGCCAUUGACAAAGGCAAGAAGGCGGGAGAGGUGCCAAGCCCUGAAGCAGACCGCAGCACCAGGGUGACCGUGGCCGUGGUGGACACCUUUGUGUGGCAGGCUCUGGCCUCAGUGGCCAUCCCAGGCUUCACUAUCAACCGUGUGUGUGCAGCCUCUCUUUAUGUCCUGGGCACCGCCACCCGCUGGCCUCUGGCUAUCCGCAAGUGGACCACCACCACGCUUGGGCUGCUGACCAUCCCCAUCAUCAUCCAUCCCAUCGACAGGUCGGUGGACUUCCUCCUGGAUUCCAGCCUGCGCAAACUCUACCCGUCAGUGGGGAAGCCCAGCUCCUCCUGACCCCAACCCGGUUCCUGGCCUGUGGGUUGGCGCACCACUGCUCUGUGCCAACUUCCCCCUCCUACCAGGGGAUGUGGGUGCAUGGC